GCUUGUAAAAUAACUGGUUGCCUUUUUACAACUUUCGCCAUUGGAUCGAUUUUAUCAACAGCAGUUGUCGCCCUUGAUCGAUUCUUCGCUAUCAUAUACUGCCUGAAAUAUUCCACUUGGAACACCUCAUUAUACGGAGGUGGGGCUCUAUUUGUUUUGUGGAUUACUGCGGGUGUCUUCGGUUUGACGCCUUUAAUCGGAUGGAGUGAUAUUCGCUUCGACGUCAAUCGAUUUAUGUGUCUGAUCACGUGGUAUGACUCUCUGAGCUACGCCAUUUUGAAUUGUAUUCUUUGUUUUUUCGCGCCAUUAAUGAUAAUGAUCGUCUGCUACGUGAAAAUUAUUAUAGUAGCUCAUGAACACGUACGACAAAUUCAGGAUACGAAUAAUUACAUCAUGAGAAACAGCCCAGAAUCCAGUCACAUUAUUGGUUUGAUUGUUGUCUUUGCAUUGUGUUGGACGCCAUAUUUGUACGUGAACAUUGCGGAAAUGAUCAAUCUCGGCAUUCCAAGUGGCGUGUUAACAGCGUCGACGUGGCUUAUAUUAGUGAAUAGCUGCAUAAAUCCAUUUAGCUACGCAAUAUCUUCCAAACGAUUUCGCUUUGCCGCCAGAAAACUUCUAAGU